ACAGUUGGAGGCAUAGGAACUGACUAGCGGUAGGGGCUGCUCCAGGAGUCAGAACUUGCUCUAGCACUUCAGGAACCUGCAGCCUCUCCGAAUGUAGGAAGCCCAACUGGGCAGCCAUGGAGUGGGACAAUGGCACAGACCAGGCCCUGGGCUUGCCACCUACCACCUGUGUCUACCGUGAAGACUUCAAGCGACUGCUGCUGCCACCUGUGUAUUCAGUGGUGCUGGCGGCAGGCCUGCCACUGAAUGUCUGCGUCAUUGCCCAGAUCUGCACGUCCCGCCGGACCCUGACCCGCACAGCCGUGUACACCCUAAACCUGGCCCUGGCUGACCUGCUGUAUGCCUGCUCCCUGCCACUGCUCAUCUACAACUAUGCCCAAGGUGACUACUGGCCCUUUGGUGACCUCGCCUGCCGUCUGGUGCGCUUCCUCUUUUAUGCCAACCUGCAUGGCAGCAUCCUCUUCCUUACCUGCAUCAGCUUCCAGCGCUACCUGGGCAUCUGCCACCCACUGGCACCCUGGCACAAGCGUGGGGGCCGCCGGGCUGCCUGGCUUGUGUGUGGAGCUGUGUGGCUGGCCGUGACAGCCCAGUGCCUGCCCACAGCUGUCUUUGCCACCACAGGCAUCCAGCGGAACCGUACUGUCUGCUAUGACCUGAGCCCACCCGCCCUGGCCACCCGCUACAUGCCCUAUGGAAUGGCCCUCACAGUUGUCGGCUUCCUGAUGCCCUUUGCUGCCCUGCUGGCCUGCUACUGUUGCCUGGCCCGCCGCCUGUGCCGCCAGGAUGGCCCGGCAGGGCCUGUGGCCCAGGAGCGGCGUAGCAAGGCGGCCCGCAUGGCUGUGGUGGUGGCAGCUGCCUUUGCCAUCAGCUUCUUGCCUUUCCACAUCACCAAGACAGCCUACCUGGCAGUGCGCUCUAUGUCGGGUGUCCCCUGCCCUGUGCUGGAGGCCUUUGCAGCCACCUACAAAGGCACACGGCCCUUCGCUAGUGCCAACAGUGUGCUGGAUCCUAUCCUCUUCUACUUCACCCAGAAGAAGUUCCGCCAGCGGCCACAUGAGCUAAUACGGAAACUCACAGCCAAGUGCACAAACAGGGUCACUGAGUUCUCCAGGGCAGGACGCCUGGAGCAGCUGGCCAUGGAGUAAGGUCCCUCAUGGACCCCAAAAUCUCACCAACCACUAUUUAUUGAGCCCCUUCCCUGGACCAGGCUCUGACCCUUGAGAAGUUCCCAGUCAGCCAUGGAGAGUUGGGGAAACCAUGUUAA